UGAGGAUUGAUAUCCUUAAAACACACAACCAAAUUGCACUAUCUAGAAUUGCUCUUCUCCAAUAAAUUGCCUACCUUCUUUGCCAUCUUUAUUGCCUACCUUCUUUGCCGUCUUCACCCCCCCUCUCUCUCUCUCUCUCUCUCUCUACACACACAAUCCCCAUUGCUGUCUUUCUCAAAGCUCCAGGCCUUGAUUGAGGGAGGUAAACACACACUCACUCACUCACUCACUCUCUCUCUCUCUCUCUCUCUCUCUCUCUCUCUCUCUCUCUCUCUCUCAACUACAUACCAAAUGGCACAUAAAAUACGCUAGUCAGUGUUCUAUUCGGCUGUUUUUCUCAAGCUCUAGGCCUUUACAUUGCCGAUCACACAAAAAAGCUCUAGACCUCCACAGCAUACCUACAUAAAACAACUAUAGAACUAUUUCCAGUAGAUUGAACUAUUUGGAGAGAGAAAGUACAUUAGUCAUUAUCUGGUGGGAAUCCGUCUUUCUCAACGACACAUAGAUCAACUAUUUCAAAAACCUAGCUAGGGUUUUGUUUUUUGCCGUAAAAAAAACAAUAUUUAUAAAUGUAUCCGAAUUCUUCUUACAACAUUAAUGGAAACUCUUACCCUACUCUCGACCAAUCUCUUGAUUCUCCCCCUCCUCCCCACUCUUCCUUGUUCUACAACUUCCCUUCGCCGGCCAUACCCUACGAAGACGACUUUUUGCUCCGGCAACACCUCCAUGACCUUCUCCUCCAGCACCCGGCCGCUGAGGCCGGUACUCCACCGGAAGUGCUGACGAAUUCUGUCCACAACGGCACCGACUACAUCGCGCAAUGCCAGAGCGCAGACGAGCCGGUCCUGAGAAAGAAACCCUCCAAGAAAGACAGGCACAGCAAGAUCGAGACCGCCCAGGGCCCGAGAGACCGAAGGAUGAGAUUGUCGCUCGAAGUGGCCCCCCAGUUCUUCGGUCUCCAGGACAUGCUGGGGUUCGAUAAAGCUAGUAAGACGGUCGGGUGGCUGCUGAGUAAUUCGAAGAAGGCGAUCAAAGAGCUCAAAAAAAGUGUGCCCCAGAUGACGAGAAGCUCGCCUUCUGAUUCAGAGGGCGAAGACGGGUCCGGAAUCGACGAGUCCCCGGACCGGCAGGCGAAGAUUAUCACCCCUAAGGGGAAAGCUUCGGUUUCUGUUGCCAAAGAGAAGAAGACUAAUAGGGCACUGAGGAAAUCUGCAUUUGAUCCUCUGGCUAAAGAGUCGAGGGAAAAGGCAAGAGCUAGGGCUAGGGAGAGGACAAGAGAAAAGAGAUCAAGGGUUCAAUUCAACGAACCAAAUGCAUCCAAUUCAGAAUCAAUCAAUCAUGAGGGGAACACAUCAGGGUCUUGGAAUGCCUUUGAAAACGGCAACGAAUCGGGUCGACUGAGUCGUAACGUGAAUCCAUCGCUGGAGUACGAAGAGCCGAGCUCAUCGAUCAAUAUCUUCAGCUACGAUCCGAAAGACCCAAGAGUUUCUCAAGAGAAUCAGUUCACAGACUACCAAGUAUAUGGGAAACCGUGGGAGAAUUACAGCAACAUAAGUCCAUUCUAAAGGUAGGAUUAUUGAUGCUUGCUGUUUUUAUUUGGUGCUUUGAUCAGUAGAAGAAGCCUAAUUUAAUUUAGAACAAGACUAAUUAAUUCUCUCUCUUGUCUCUCUCACUCUCUCUCUACUGUGAAUUUCAUCAAUUGUUGCUAUGUAUCCUCCAUUGUUGUACUACAAACACUCCUAUGGAAAACCUUGUUUUGGGAA